UGGUUGCCUAACCCGGAAGUAAACGGCAAAUUUCGGUCAGCUGGACAUUCAGAGCUUCAUCUGCACGUCUGUGACUCAGGUGGGAAAACAUCUGGAUGUUGAGCGCUCGGGCUUUGGUUGGGAUCGGCUUCCUGGUGACUUCCCGAGCCGCCCUCGCUCAGACGGGGACGUGCUCGCCGCCCACCGCCGCUGACCGCCACCGGAGGGAGUGCCCGCUCAUCCGGUCUGCGUCCACCAUGGCGCACGCCAUCAAAUACCUGGGGCAGGAGGAGGCGCAGCGCAUCGACCAGGAGCUCUUCAGCGAGUACGGCUUCAGCGUGGAGCAGCUGAUGGAGCUCGCCGGCCUCAGCUGCGCCGCCGCCGUGGCCCGGGCAUAUCCUCUCACGUCGCUGCUCAAGGCCAGACCUGCUCUGCUGGUCAUCUGUGGGCCUGGAAACAACGGCGGCGACGGCCUGGUCGCUGCCCGCCACCUGAAGCUCUUUGGUUACGAGCCCUCCAUCCUCUACCCGAAGAGGCCCAGCAAGCCGCUGUUCCAGGCUCUGACCACCCAGUGCCAGAAGAUGGACAUCCCCUUCCUGAGCGAGAUGCCAGAGGCGGGCGUCAUCGAUGAGGCCUACAACCUGGUGAUAGACGCCAUCUUUGGCUUCAGCUUCUCGGGCGCCGUGCGGGAGCCUUUCGGCGCCAUCCUGGACGAGCUGAGGAAGACCACGGUCCCCAUCGCCAGCAUCGACAUCCCCUCAGGGUGGGACGUGGAGCAGGGCAGCUCAGACGGGCUCCAGCCCGACAUGCUCAUCUCUCUGACCGCCCCCAAGAAGUCGGCCUCCCAGUUCAGGGGGCGCUACCACUUCCUGGGGGGGCGGUUUGUGCCUCCCAGCCUGGAAAAAAAGUACCAGCUCAACCUGCCUCAGUUCCCCGGCACCGACUGCGUCCUCCAGCUGUAAUCUGAGGAAACUGACGAUUGAGUUUCCUCUGUAGUUGUUUCUGUAACAAAGGGCGGCCAUGUUGGAUCCUGAGGGUAGCUGAGGGCGGCCAUGUUGGAUCCUGAGACUCUUCUGGUGCUCAGAGUCCCAGAUCCAGAGGUUUUGGGGGGGGGGGUUCUGCUUCCUGGUUCCAGCUUCAGUGUCCAAAUGAGUCCCCAAAGUUUGACUUUUUGGGAGGAAACUGCUGUCAAACUGGAAGUUGGAGCAGCUUUUUGGUUCUGCUGCUGCUGCUUUGUGUGAAAAGUCUGUAUUUCAAACCCCUCUCAGGUUUGACUCACUGCUCCCAUAAAUAAAGAAACAUAUGAUCCCUC